UUUGAAUCCCGAUCUUAACAGUAAUCGAUUCUCUGUAUCGGGAAAUGGGAUUUGUCGUCGGACUUGUGACUGGGCUAAUCGUCGGCCUUGCUAUAAUCGUUCUCUUUGUUCGGAACGAGAACUCCCGAUCCAAGCUUCGAAAUGAGCUCGCGACUACGGUGGCUGCUUUUGCAAGAAUGACAGUGGAGGAUUCCAAAAAGAUCUUGCCGGCAGAGUUCUAUCCAUCUUGGGUUGUAUUCUCGCAACGUCAGAAGUUGACAUGGCUUAAUCAGCACCUUACUAAGAUAUGGCCUUACGUUAAUGAGGCAGCUUCUGAUCUGAUAAAGACUUCGGUGGAGCCGGUGCUUGAACAAUAUAGGCCGAUCGUAUUGUCUUCUUUAAAGUUUUCUAGGUUUACUCUUGGCACUGUUGCACCUCAGUUUACUGGAGUAAGUAUUAUUGAAGAUGAAGCUGAUAGUGUUACGAUGGAGUUGGAAAUGCAGUGGGAUGCAAAUUCAAGUAUAAUACUAGAUAUCAAGACUUAUCUUGGGGUAUCGCUGCCUGUGCAGGUGAAAGAUAUUGGAUUCACCGGAGUUUUCAGGCUGAUAUUUAAGCCCCUGGUGAAUGAGUUCCCUUGCUUUGGAGCUGUUUCUUAUUCUCUGAGAAAAAAGAAACAAAUGGAUUUCACCCUGAAAGUCAUUGGUGGUGACAUAUCAACUAUUCCAGGACUUUCUGAUGCUAUUGAGAGCACGAUACGAGAUGCUAUUGAAGAUUCUAUCACGUGGCCUGUGAGAAAAAUUGUACCCAUUUUGCCUGGUGAUUAUAGUGAUUUGGAGUUAAAGCCAGUUGGAAUUCUAGAGGUGAAGCUUGUCCAGGCUCGGGACUUGACAAACAAAGAUAUUAUUGGGAAAUCAGAUCCCUAUGCUGUAUUAUAUGUGCGUCCUUUACCCAGCAAAACAAAGAAAAGUAAAACAAUCAACAAUGAGUUGAAUCCUAUUUGGAAUGAGCACUAUGAAUUUAUUAUUGAGGAUGCCACAACUCAGCACUUGGUGGUAAGAAUCUAUGAUGAUGAGGGAGUUCAGGCAUCUGAGUUCAUUGGAUGUGCUCAAGUACUUUUGAGGGACCUUGAACCUGGUAAAGUGAAGGAUGUCUGGUUGAAUCUGGUUAAAGACUUGGAGAUCCAGAGAGAUACUAAGUACAGGGGGCAGGUGCACUUGGAGCUCUUGUAUUGUCCCAUUGGCAUGGAGAAUGGUUUUACAAACCCCUUUACCUCUGACGUUUCAAUGACCUCCCUGGAGAAGGUUAUUAAAAGUGGAGCAAAUGGAACAGAUGCAAUUGAAAAUGAGGAAGCAGCCAUAAAUAAGAAAAAAGAGGUUAUUAUUAGAGGAGUACUGUCUGUCACAGUGAUAUCUGCUGAAGAUUUGCCUGUUGCAGAUUUAAUGGGAAAGGCCGAUCCCUAUGUUGUGCUCACAUUGAAGAAAUCAGAGGCAAAAAACAAAACUAGGGUUGUGAAUGACAGCUUGAAUCCUGUUUGGAAUCAAACGUUUGACUUCGUUGUAGAGGAUGGGUUGCAUGAUAUGCUAAUCCUUGAAGUCUAUGACCAUGACACUUUUGGGAAGGACUACAUGGGGAGGUGCAUUUUGACAUUGACUAGGGUCAUAUUGGAAGGGGAAUACAAAGAUACCUUCCAGCUAGAGGGAGCUAAGUCUGGAAAAUUGAAUCUGCACCUUAAAUGGAUGCCGCAGCCCAUUUUCCGCGAUUCCUAAGUGAUCCCAAGGACGGGUUUGGCCUUGCAAAUUCGA